AUGGACACUACACCUGCACCAUCUAGAGCUACCACGCUGCCGAACCAAACCCCUAAACGAGCCCGAAGUUCACCUACUCCUAGUCCAGCAGACAUAGGUAAACGCUCUCGUAGAGAGGGCACACCCCUUCUCUUUUCACUUUCAGACUCGUCUUCCCCUUCCACACCAUCUGAAUCUUCACCACGUGAUCCAGGAUCCGCCAACCUUUCUUCCUUCUGUGCGUUUUUGGACCAGCAAACCACCCCUCAGUCUCCAUCCAAGUCGAGACAUGUAUCCAGACCUUCCCCUCCUCGAACCAGAUCCCAGUCCGUUCCCAAUGCUACAAUUCUAACUACCAAACCAGUACCAAUCACACCGUCGACGACCAUUAUAUCCGCUACCAAACCGUAUUAUCACCAAACCAAGGACAAAUCAUUAUGGAAACUACCUGCUCUAAAGAAAUCAACUUUAAUAAUUGGAUCAUCUAACCUGAAUCGAAUUACCAAAACCAGUUCGGACACCGAAAUACAUUCUUACCCCGGUGCCCAAAUCCAUCACAUACAGUCAAUCCUGGAAUCAUACGACCAUGAUCCCAAACCUACUACCAUUAUUCUUCAUGUGAAGCUGUCAGUUUAUAUAGGUUAUGCUAAGGCCAUAGGUUCGCUGCCAGCUGUGUUAAUAUUUGUAAUAUAUGGAUUUUACCAGGCUUUGAAUGUUUAUUCAAGUGUUUGGCUGGAACAGUGGACAGAUGAUCAACUCCUGGCAAACAGAUCUUUGGCCAAUACUAGUAUAUAUCAAGAUAAAAAUGAAAUGUAUCUUGGAGUUUAUGGAGCAUUGGGAGUUUGUCAAGGUAUAAAAUUAUAUGUUCCCGGUAUGGCUGGUUUCUCCCGUGGCAAAAAGAUUGUCAAAAUGGCACUGAAGAUUAAUGAUGAGACCAGUAGGUCUACUUCAGCAUGUUCCUUAUCUAGAGCCUCUGCAUGUACAAAUCGCAUCAUUCCAUCAUCUUCUACCACAUCCAGUUCAGCACAGCUCUUCAAUAACGUGCCAGGGAAGUUACAAAACGAAUAUUCAUCUCCAAGUAUUGAAUUUUUAAGAGUCAACCCACCAACAACUUGCUUCGAUGAUCUAUCUAAAAGACUUCCUACCGGUCCCGUUUCUACUGAAAAUCAUAACCUAGCACCUGCAAGAAGUAUCGUGUCCAGAUGGUCUAAGAUUGAUGGUUCUUGUACCCAGUCUUUGAGUCCAGCUCAACAUAUUAACGCCACAGCCGAAUCCCCUUUAUGCUCUCCUUUCGGAACAAAACCCAAAGUCGCUUCACCUGGUUCAAACUUGUAUAGGAUUCAGGGACCAUCUGUUCGUCAGAUUACACCUACAAAAUUACCAAAUUACGACUCCGAUGACUUCGGAAAUGAGUACGAGAGUGACUUUGACGACAGCGAUAACGACCCGAACUGGCAUCCAGAGAAAAAGCGAAGACUACUCGUUUUCAGUUCCGAUGAUGGUGUUGAACCAUUGCCAGAUGAUGACGACGAUGACAUAUCUUUGCCUAACAAACCAACCAAUGCCGACGUACAGGUCACAAACCCAGAUUCACCUAACACACCACGAUUAACUGAUGGCAAAUCUAAACGAUCAAGGCGUGGUAAACGAAUUCCUUUACAAUGGGAUAGAAAUUCCCUCCUGUUAUGCNCAUUACUCACUGCUAGCUCGAUGUAUUACAAAACCAAAUUGGGGUGCCAUAAUUACACAAUUUUUGAUUUGGUAACUAAGGAAGCAAUGAAUUACUUUUGGCAUGAAGGUAUUGGUGAUUUGAAUGGUAGUACGUUUGCGUCUUGUUUAGCUGACUACAUUCUUGGUUUGGAUCCGAACAUUAGAGAACCCAUCAUCUUCAGCGACGGAUGUACAUAUCAAAACAGAAACACAAUAUUAUCAAAUAUGUUACUGAAACUUGCAACAGAAAAGGGAAUAAAGAUCACCCAAAAGUAUCUCGAAAAGGGCCACACACAGAUGGAGUGUGACUCUGUUCAUAGCACGAUCGAGAGAAGACUACGCGGAAAACCCAUUUAUAUACCCCAGAAUUACGUUGAUUUAAUCCGAACAGCUCGAGUAAAUCCUCCCUAUAAAUUGAAGUAUGUUGGCGAUCCUGUUGUGACGGAUAUUCAUGUUUUAUCAUACAAGGAUGGCACUAUACAAUACAAAUUGAAGUUUUCCGAUGAGUUCGAAGAUCUUCCAAGACGGAAUAAGAAAUGCUCUCCUACUGUUGAUGAUCCGAUAAUAUUAAACAAUCUUUAUAUAGAGCCUUUAAAAAUCAAAUCAAUUAAGUUCAAUCAUCUUCAAGAACUUAAGAAAGUAAUACCACCUGAUUAUCACCCAUUUUAUGACAAUUUACAUCAUGAAUGA